UUCUGCGCACCAAGCAUUUGAUUCCGAGAGAUUGGAACUUUUUCUGUAGGGCGAGAACCGCCACAUAUUCACAUAUCCAUCACCCAUAUCCCCCGCUGCUCCACCAGUCACCGUCCUAAUUCUUCCCCUACUUCACCACUAAAUCGACUUCUGUUACCAACCACCACCUCCAGCGCCGCCGAAUCAUAAUGGAAGUAGAAGUAAAGCUCCGUUUACCAGACUCAAACGCCCACCAACGCCUCUCCACUGUCCUUUCACCUUUCCACCUCAAAACCCACGUCCAAGAAAACAUUUUCUUUGACGGGCCUAACUCUGAGCUGGCCACCAACCUCGCCGCGCUCCGCCUUCGCUUCUACGACCUCGACUCCCAAUGCGUCCUUUCUCUCAAAGCAAAGCCAGUGAUGUCCAAUGGAAUCAGCCGCAUUCAGGAAGAUGAAGAGCCCCUCGACCCUGUCAUAGGCCGAGCUAGCGUGGCGGAGCCGUGGCGGCUGUUACUCAUGGCCGAUCAUUCUUCACAAAUAAUGAAGAGAGUGAGAGAAGAAUAUGGAGUUGUUGGAGAUGAUAACAAGUGUUUGGUAUGUUUGGGAGGAUUUAGAAAUGUGAGAGCAGUGUACGAAUGGAGUGGAUUAAAAUUGGAGCUUGAUGAAACAAAUUAUGAUUUUGGGACGUGUUAUGAGAUUGAAUGCGAGACUUCUGAACCUGAAAGAGCUAAGAAUUUGCUUGAGGAGCUGCUAAGGAGUAACGGGAUUGAGUAUUCUUAUUCAAAGGCUAACAAGUUCGCCAUUUUUCGGGCUGGAAAGUUGCCUCAGUGAGUGCCUAAAUUGUAACUAUGUAUUCUUCCAUUUUGAUAUAAGCCACUCUUCCGAUACUAUUAGUGUAGCUAAUGAUUAAUACUAAGCUUUAAAUUCUUUUUCUUUUUUUUUUUCGAUGACCAAAGUUUGAAGCUUUGGAUUAUUGCGGUACUAGAGUAUAUUAAGGUUUAAAAAGCUCUGGAUUAGUUGCUAUAUCAGUUGAGCAAAUGGUAUCUCUCACUGAACAGUUUGGUCAAGUUAAACUUGCAUGCAUUUACUCAUAAUUCUUCCCUAUGGUUUAGUUAGCUGGGGCCGGAAGCAGCUCUCUGAUCUUAUACAGUUUGAUAUGAUCAAUUAUGUCUAACAAAUCUUGGUUGUUGAAGGAGACUGUUCGCUUUUUGUUUCUAGAAAAAUGGGGAGGGAGGGAGGAAGAUGCAUACUAAGGCUUUAACAUGAGCACAUAAUAUGAUUCCCUGGGAAAAUUAUUCGCAUGAUGAAUCUAACAGCAAAGAUCAACACUGGGAGAAGUACGAGGAACUAGUGGUGUUGUUAUUUUCUGGGUGAAGGUAUUGAAGUGUAUAGGUUGAACGCUGCAGGAAUCACCAAGUGACAUGUAUUUAGAAUAAUAAAACCUCUGCAUAUCUGUAACUUCGUCAUAUAUUUCUUGUUCGGCC